UUCUACGAGAACCUGUAUCUCAAUCUAUUUGCUCGGCGCAGAGAAAAUGGCACCUCAACUUAUCUUCGGAACUGCAACCUUCGGCAUGGAUUUGACCGAGUUCCAGAACCAGGAUUCCGUGAAUUCUCUACUUCGAACACUUCGUGGUCUUGGCGUAGAGAGACUCGACUCAGGCGCGCGCUAUCCGCCCUUGAAUCCCGGUCGGUCUGAGAUGUUGAUUGGGGACUCGAAAGAGUUUUGCAAGGGCUUCAUCAUCGAUACCAAAGUUUACACGAACACUCAGACCGACGGCAGUGGUGAUCUGACCCGCGCGGGGAUUAGCAAGUCCUUGACCGGCAGCUUACAACGCCUUCAAAUCAACGAGGGGAUUAAUGUGCUGUAUGCACAUAGGGCAGAUCCGAGUACCCCACUCAAAGAGCAAAUUCAGGGCUUCAUAGAGCAAAUAGCGCAAGGGCGCUGUAAGAGUUGGGGUGUAUCUAACACCCCGCCCAAUGUAUUGGAGAGAAUACUGCAGUUGUGCGAAGAGAAUGGCUGGGCAAAGCCUAGUUGCUAUCAAGGAAACUAUAAUCUAGUCACCCGUGGCAUGGAAACGAACCUGUUACCGACACUACGCGAGAAUGGUAUCGCAUUUAAUUGCUUCCAACCUCUCGCCGCAGGAUUCUUAACCGGUAAGCUUGUCAACAAGACACAUGCCGGCACACGAUUUGACAAAAGCAAUCCUCUUGGCAACAUCAUACAGAAAAUGUUUGGGUCCGUGGAGUUGCAGGAUGCAAUGAAAGUGUUCGAUGCAGGGGUGCGGGCAGAGGGACUAGCGCCUACGGAGGUGGCCCUUCGUUGGCUGGCAAACCACUCGGUUCUAAACAACGGGGAUGGCAUAAUAUUCGGCGCGAGCAAGGUUGAUCAAGCACCGGACACGGUAAGGUUCCUGCAGAGCGGGCCGUUGCCUCCAUCGGUGCUUAUUCUCGUCGAGAACCUCUGGUCUGCAGUAAAGGAAAUGCGCGGCGACAUAAUCUGAGCGUUGGGUUUUAUAAGACGACCCAGGAUUUUGGGUUAGUAAAUUUAGAUGAAGUCCGUUACGUUUUGUGUGCCGUAAUAUCUAG